AUGGCGCUUCUCAAGAUCGGUCUGUUCGGCACUGUUGGCUACUUCGUAGCGAAGAAGCUUCUUCACCACGUCAAAAUCCUCAACAAUGUGCAUCGUGCGGACAUGAGCGGCAGCAAGAAUCCAGGCAGCAACCGACGAACGUUCCACGGACGCCAUACCAUUAGCAUUUUGCAGUCAUCAGCCAUGAUGCCAGUCAGCCUCGACAAUCAGCUCUUUCCUAGGUUCAGUAGUCAACAGGCAUACUUCGACGGCUCGGGCGGUGGUGACGGAAGCAAUGGAUACAAGACGUUGGGGUGGGCUUCGACUUACCCAAGAUUCUAUAAGGCAAAUUGGGACUGUUAG